UGGGUGUUAUGUGACACGGCAUCGGAAGGGGAUAGCAUCGUCAUCGCAAAAUGCAGGCGCUCCUACUCCCCGCGCGGGCCGCGCCGCCGGCGAUGCUUCGGCAGCGUGCGGUUUCCGGGUCCGCUUGUGCGUCGCAGGUCUGCCGCACCCUACUCAGCGCCUCCGGUUGCCUCAGCUGUGGGGUCCACGGAAGCGCUCGACGGCACCUCACAGUGGCGGUGGCGGCGGCCUCGUCCUCAUCCUCGCCCUCGUCGGGACCGCUCUACCCGACGCCUCCACCCACCGAGCAGGAGGUGGAGCGGGUCAAGCUCGAGCAGGUUAUGAAGAGACUAGAGAAAACAGCAAGGUAUUUCAAGAAUUUGGGUAGCUUUGGGUUCUGGUCCCAGUUGGUGUGCACAAUUGUUUCUGCUGGGAUUUUGGCAUUCUCUACAGUUGUAACGGGGAAGGUGACAGCACCCUUUACAUUCUAUGCAACUGCUGCUGGUAUUGCUGCUGCUUUUAUCUCAGUCUUCUGGUCAUUUGGUUACAUCCGUCUCUCUGAAAGGCUUAGAAGAACAUCAAAAGAACCUGCUAAGGCUCCUCCACGCGCUGAUGUUGUUAAGAGCCUGAAAAAUGGCAUUGUGCUUAAUAUUCUCGGGAUGGGUGCCGCUGUUCUCGGCAUGCAAGCUACUGUUGGUGCUUUGGUAGCAAAAGCUCUCACCACCUCUGCAGUACCCUAUUAUGCUGCUGCUCCUGGCCAAAGCCCUGUCUUGGCUUUAGAUGUUUUCCUAGUUCAGGCUUCAGCGAACACCAUCCUGUCGCAUUUCCUUGGGCUGGCGAGCACCCUGGAGCUGCUGCGCUCGGUGUCACUGCCUCCAGCGGAAGCUGCCCCGGCCCCUACCCCUGCACGGGCCUGAGCCAUCAUGGCCCGUGGCAGGUCAAGAAAGAACCCUCAUCCCUUCGGCUCUACUAGACACUUGCUGUUCUUUGAUUGUAUGUACAUCUUGCAUCAAUCUUACUGAAGCUUAGUGCUUACAGACACAUCGCAUGCCUUCCAGUUCAGCUGGAAACCAACAUGUUCGCGUAAUCCCCGCCGUGUGUGCGUGUGUGAGCUCUUGCAUGAGCACUUGUAUGUGCCGCAUGUUUGCUGUUGCUGUGAGUGUUGUGACUACUGGCUCGCUCGUUCGUUCCUAAUUAUUGUACCCGCUUCUUCGCUGGUUUCAACA